AUGCUUCGUCGUAAAAAGCGUUCACGACGAAGUAAUAGAAGAUUAGCAAGAGCAAUAAUGAAAGCUUUAUUUACUGAUGAGACAAUAAAAAAAUUGGAUAUUUUAAUUGGUUAUUUGGUAGUUGGAUUUUCUUAUCUCAUGUUUAUUGCCAUCCCUAUAUUUGCUUACAUAAUUGAAAUUCACUGCGCUGUUCCUGAAUUCACUUGGUUUAGAAAUCUUUGGCCAUUUGGAGGACAAGGACAGAAUAAUGGGGGAAAUAAUGGAGGAAAUCAAUUCGGUCAACCAAUACAACCACAAAUACAGCAACCACAAAUGCGCCCACAAAUACAGCCACCACAGAUGCGCCCACAACUACCACCUCAAAAUAUGAUUCCCCAACCUCAUCCACAACAUAAUUUGCCUCAACCUCGUCCACCAAUACCAUGGUUUCAACAUCGACCACAACAACAAGCUUCUUCAUAUGCCGAUAUUAGUUAUACCAAUAUGCCGUCUUCUUCUGAUCCAUUGUCUUUCUAUAAUCGAAGCUACAAUCCACGAACAGGACAUCAAUCUGGCUUUCAGCCAUAUGUACUAGACGAUUCUGAUGAAAGUAUUAUUUCAGAUGGACAUUCACCAUCCCCAGAAUAUUCUUUCCAAGAUCGUAAACGUCGUUCUGUUUCUUUAAUGAGCCAGAAUCAUAAAGGAAAAGAGAAAAAUGGAGAAAUUAUUAAUUCUGAUAUUUCAAACAAGGAUGCUAGUAAAAAUCGAGAUACCAAGUUAAAAAAGAGUGCCAAGAAGAUUACAAAGGACAAAACAGAACAACAAAAAUCGGAUAAAAAAUUUAAAGGUUUUAUGAUUAAAAAUUUUGAAAUUUAUUACAAAUUAGUAAAAUUAUUAGGGCUGUUUUUGGCCCACUUUGAUAAAGUCUAA